AUGAGUGUGAAGUGUCAUGCCUGUAUCGGAGGAACAAGUGUUCAAGUUGGAAUAAGCAAGUUAAAAGAAGGUCAACAUAUAAUUGUUGGUACACCCAGUCGAGUUUAUGAUAUGUUGAAUAGGGGUACAUUGAAACGUGAUAACAUCAGGUUUUUUGUCCUUGACGAAGCAGAUGAAAUGUUGUCAAGGGGAUUUAAGGAUCAAAUCUUGGAUAUUUUUCAGUUGCUUAAUAAUGAUAUUCCGGUAAUACUAUUAUCAGCAACAAUGCCAACUGAUGUUCUGGAAGUCACAAAACGUUUCAUGAGAGAUCCCAUUCGAAUUCUUGUAAAGAAAGAGGAACUUACCUUGGAAGGAAUUAGGCAGUUUUAUGUUCAAGUUGAUAAGGAGGAAUGGAAGUUUGAAACGUUAUAUGACUUGUAUGAGACUUUAACUAUUACGCAGGCAGUAAUAUUUCUCAAUACACGAAGGUUGAUUGGCUUACAGAGAAAAUGCAAGACAGAGAUUUUACUGUUUCCUCAAUGCAUGGUGAUAUGGAUCAGAAAGAACGAGAUAUUAUUAUGAAAAAUUCAGAUCUGGAUCCAGCAGAGUGCUCAUCGCUACUGACUUACUUGCACGUGGUAUUGACGUACAACAAGUUUCUUUAGUAAUAAACUAUGACCUCCCAGCCAAGCGUGAAAACUAUAUUCACAGAAAUGGAAGAGGUGGACGAUUUGGACGUAAAGGUGUGGCUAUCAAUUUCAUCACUCAGGAAGAUUCCCGUGUUUUAAAAAUAAUGAAUAUUUCUAUAACACCGAGAUAG